AUGGCCUCUCGUCACCGCCGAAUCCGCUCCGAGGAGUUUGUCAUCGCCGCGUUUUCCGCUGCCGACGCGACCGACGAGUUCCAAGGCCCCCCUGGAACGAACGCCGCCGCGUAUCGCGGCGCGACAGAGGCGAUUAAAGCCAGCGGCUCGAGAGGCAAGCAGCCCCCGCAAGCGCAUCCCCCGCGUAGUAAACCGCAAGAAUGGCAGCUCGCUGCGGGAGCUGGACUGACCGGUCGAAGCAACCGGCCAGCGACGGCUAGCAGUGAGCAGACUGACGGUCCGGCAGGUUGGAGUUCAGUUCCCAAACACGCGAUUCUGGAGGGGAACAGGACGAGACGUGAGGGGGAGGGGCCUGGAAUCUUCGGCGCGGUUAAGCACGGGCAUAGGCGAAGUCAAAGCGGGGGGGCUGGGGGGGUUGUGGGAGGAGGGGGGAUAGCAGGAGAGAAUCGCCGGCAAGCCAGCCCCCAGCAGCGACCGUCAGCCGUCAGCAAUUAUUCUGACGGUCCGUCAGGAAGGCCGGGCAGCGCACCACGGAACGCCAGCCCCGAGGAGAGAGGCCGGCGCGAAGGGGCGAUUGUGGGCGCGGGUGGGGGGGACGCAAGCGGAACGGGCAGAGCAGUAGGGGCGCGGAGCGGCGUGGGAAUGGUUUCCGCCAUGGGGAAUAGCGGGGGGAGCGGGGGGAACGGGGGGGAGAGAAGGGGCGGGAGUUACGGGGAGAGGGCGCGGGGUGGCGUAAGAAGCCCUGCUGAGGAUGAGUACGAUGGGGAGGCGGAAGAUGUGCGGGGGAGGCGCGUGCGCAGCAGCGGAGGGGGAGCCGGAGGGAGAGCGGGAGGGGGAGCAAGUGGGGAAUUCGGCGGGGGAGUGGUAGAGGGAGCGGCCAUUUGGGAUAGGCGACAGGCCCGAGCCAGCAGUGGUAAGGAGCGGCAGCAGCAGCAGCAGCAGCAGUCGCAGCAGCAGCAGCAGCAGCAGUCGCAGCAGCAGCAGCAGCAGCAGUCGCAGCAGCAGCAGCAACAGCUGCAGCAAGGAACUCAGCAGCACUCCCCUCCUCGCCACGACCAGCAGCAGCAGCAGCAGCAGCAGCAGCAGCGAGCGGCGCAGGCAUCGCAGCAGCCGCUCCCACCCCUGGGAAUACCCACUGUCAGGCGGAAUUCGCGCUCUUAUGACGGCGGCCCCUUAGACCUCAGGCGCUCUGUCAAGACCCCCCCUAAGAGCCCUGUGCUGCCUUAUUUGGGCGGCGCAGGCGCAGCAGGCGGAGCAGCAGGGGGGACAGCAGGGGGAGCAGGGGGGAGGGGGGUGUCCGCCUAUGGGAGCCCCUUGCGCAGCAGGCAAGGGGGACAAAUCUCGUCCCAAGGCGCGCAGAAGGGCUCCGCAGCAGGCGCAGGGGGGUAUGCGGGGGGAAUGGGGGGAGGGGGAGCUGCGCCUUCAGGAGGGCACUCUGUGCGCCCAAGCCCCGGGUGGCUGGCGGGCGCACCUGGGGGAGGGGCAAGCGGAGUCGGGGGAGUCCGCAAACUCGUGGCUCUAAUAUUCCAGGAAGGGGUUCUCAAGGAGGGGGUUCUCAAGGAGGGGGGUCCCCAGGAGGGGGCAUGA